CUUCUUUGUUUAUUCAUGUUGACUCGUUUAUUACAAAAAAGUUAUUCAACUUUGAACAAUAACCGAGUGGCCUUGGCCAUGUCUGGUGGUGUAGACUCAAGUGUAGCUGCAGCAUUACUUAAACAGCAGGGCUACGAUGUUCAAGGGAUCUAUAUGCGUAAUUGGGAUACUUCAGACGAAAGAGGGGUCUGUACAAGUAGAGAAGACUGGGAAGACGUGCAAAGAGUAUGCGAGAUAUUAAAAAUAGACUGUCAGCAUGUCGAUUUUGUAAAAGAAUAUUGGAAUGACGUCUUUGAGAAAACAUUAGAUGACUAUGCGCACGGACUGACACCCAAUCCUGACAUUGCCUGUAACAGUUUCAUCAAGUUUGGGGCUUUAUUAGACAAGAUACCAAAGGAUGUAUGGUUUGCAACAGGUCACUACUGUCGAUCUACCCGAGAUGGUAAAUUGCUGCGAGGAUUAGAGCGUAACAAGGAUCAGUCGUAUUACCUGUCAACAGUGCAGGAAGAAGCUCUACGUCGUACAUUGUUUCCACUAGGUGACAUCAAGUCAAAACAACACGUCAAACAGCUGGCUUCCUCGCUCGGACUUGACUUUAUUGCCAAAAAGAAGGAAAGCAUGGGUAUUUGUUUCGUCGGUCAACGUAAGCGGUUUGCGCAAUUCCUGGAACAGUACAUCGAACAGCCCCCUGGACCCGUAGUUGAUCUGAACGAUCGAGUGAUCGGUGAACAUCAAGGGUUAUAUGCUUAUACGAUAGGACAGGCAUCUCGUAUCUGUCAUGGUUCUCAUAAGUGGUUUGUGGCAAAGAAAAUAAUGAGUGAAAACAAAUUGGUGGUUGUGCCAGGCACCGACCACCCAGCUCUGUUUCACAAGGGUUGUAGUGCUCGCCAGUGGGUAUGGAUUCAUCAUCAACCACCAAUUCCUUUUCAAGAUAAAGGUCAAAUAGAAAUCGAUGCACAGAUAAGAUAUAGACAGCUUCCCCAAAAGGCCACUUUGUUCUUUCGAGACGGUCAGUAUCAUGUGCAGUUUAAGGAACCUAUUCGUGCUAUCGCUGCAGGACAGCAGGUCGUUAUCUGGGAUAAGGAUUGGUGUCUGGGAGGAGGAGUGAUUGAACAAGUGUAUUAACAAGGACAAAGAAAAAUGUGGUUAUGUAAAUAUCAAUAAUACCAAUAAUAGAAAAGACAUCAUGGCAGCAAAAAGUAAUUAUAAUUAUAAUAAUAAAAUGAGAAUCAACUAUGUGUAU